AUGAACGUAUCUGCACGCGCAACCGCCGCCUCUCUGCGCGGCAUCUUAUCUCGCACGAAUAUCGGGAGAGUGUCUGCAAGGUCAAUCGUCACGCUUGCAAAGAGGUCGUUACCAGGUGCCAGUAUUGCUUUAAGAAACAGUGCUAUACGCCACAAGAUCACCGUCCCGAUCACGGCAACGUUUUCUCAGAUACGCUCACUAAAGACACUAGACUUUGGAGGAACCAAAGAGCAAGUGUACGAACGUUCCGAUUGGCCGAAAGAAAAGUAUCAAGAAUUCUUCAAAAAUGAUACGAUCGCCGUCAUCGGGUAUGGCCCGCAAGGGAGUGGUCAAAGUUUGAAUGCGCGUGAUAACGGUUUGAACGUGAUCGUUGGAUUAAGAGAGGGCGGGAGAAGUUGGAAAGAAGCUGUUGAGAAUGGGUGGGUUCCAGGAAAGACUUUGUUUCCGAUUACAGAAGCUGUACAGAAGGGUACUAUCGUACUAAACCUGCUUUCGGAUGCAGCACAAAAGGAACUCUGGCCUGCUAUGAAACCACACUUGACUGCGGGAAAGACUCUAUAUUUCUCUCAUGGGUUUUCCAUAGUAUUCAAGGAUGAUACUCAUGUCAUUCCCCCAGAUGACAUUGAUGUUAUAAUGGUUGCACCUAAAGGUUCGGGGAGAACUGUCCGUUCUCUAUUUCUCGAAGGCCGUGGGAUAAAUUCCUCUUAUGCCGUAUACCAAGACGUCUCUGGCAAAGCUAAAGAUAAAGCCGUUGCUUUGGGAGUCGCGAUAGGUUCCGGGUAUUUGUAUGAAACUACCUUCCAGAGAGAAGUCGUCUCUGACCUUGUUGGCGAACGAGGUGUCCUUAUGGGUGCAAUUCAAGGCCUAUUCUUGGCCCAGUAUGAAGUUUUGCGCGCUAAUGGGCAUACGCCGUCAGAAGCGUUCAACGAAACCGUAGAAGAGGCUACGCAGUCGCUUUAUCCCUUGAUCGGAGAGAAUGGGAUGGAUUGGAUGUACGCAUGCUGCUCCACAACCGCUCAAAGAGGAGCGUUGGAUUGGUAUAAACCUUUCCACAAGGCGGCAAAACCCGUCUUUGAGGAAUUGUAUAGAAAGGUGGCAGAUGGUUCAGAAGCUCGUCACGUAAUAGAAAAGAACUCUUCCCCGCAGUAUCGAGAAGAAUUAGAAGUAGAAUUGAAGGAAAUCAGAGAGAGCGAAAUCUGGCGUGCCGGUAAGACUGUGCGAAGUCUCCGACCCGAGCGAAAAUCGUAG